CAAACUUCGAGAUUUCAUUAAGCACGUAUAUGUGGAAAGAAGAUAUUCUGGUGAAAAUUGUGGUAGCAGUCUUCCUAGAAUUAAAAUGAGUGAGAAGGAGGAGUCUUAUGCAAGUAAGAAAAGUAGUUCAUUUCGUUUUGAAAUCAUAAGUCCUCAUUCAUGCCCUGGUGCUAGUAGUGAUGACAAGAAUCUCAGAUUUUUAUAUGAUGAAAGCAGAAGUCCUAGAUAUACGCAAAAGUAUUCUAGGAAUGCCGGCCUGACCAAAAGUCCUAUAAAAAUUGAAGUUGUUGAUGACAGGUUCCGAGACAAAGAACAUAGAAAUCGCAGGCUAUCAAACAUAGAAUCAAAGUUAAAACAAAUUUCAAUUGAUGAUCAGAAGAAUGUAGACAAAUCACAACUUCCUGUUGCACGUCCUUCGGGAGAAAUAUUAAGGGAGAAAGCUUCAUCUCUACAAGUCUCACAUUCUGGUGGCUAGGGUUCUGUUGAGGAAAAUCCAUCUGAACAAAAAAAUAAUAAUCCAGAAAGGUCCAUUAAUUUGAGUACUAAGUCUCAGCCUACUAAUUCUGUUGCUGGAGGAGGACCAGAAUCACCACCACAUAUAACACAAUCAAAUGAAAAUAACUGGGCCAUAUUUGGAGCUUCAACAGAAAACAAGGAUCCUAAAUCUCCAAACACAAAUACCUCAAAACCUUCUACAACAAAUGCAGCAUCUGAAGCAGCAACACCUGCUAAAAAUCCUCUAGAUCUUUUACUUUUCGAAUUGUCAGGUCCUGUGACUCCAGUUACCGGUGAGAUGUCACAAGCCGCAAGUGGUACUAAUAAUGAUCCAACAACUACAACAGUAGAUAAUGCAAAUAUUUGGGACUUUCCACCUACUUCAGUAGGGAAGACAGGUCCAUCCCCCAACAAUACUAGUGUUUGGUCAUCCACAUUAACCCCAGCCACUGAGUCAGCACAACCUUCUAAUGAAGUUCUUCCUCAUUCUGAAGUUUCACAUGCACAUAAACCUUCAAGCAUGCAUUAUCUUCCGUCCGUAUCAUCAGGUUGUAGUAAAACCACACCACUAAUAAAUUCACCAGUCAAAGAUGUAGCCUCAAAUAACCAGCCAUCGGUAGCUCCUAGCACAAAUGACUCUUUAUGGGCUCUUACUGAACAAUCUCCUCAAACUACCUCAAGCAUGCAAUGUCUUCCUCCUGUGCCGGCAGGUUGUAGUUCAACCACACAACCAAAAAAUUCACAAGUCAAAGAUGUAUCUUCAAAUAAUCAUCUACCAGUUGCUCCUAGUACAAAUAACUCUUCAUGGGGUUUUACUGAACUAUCUUCUCAAGCUACCUCAAAACCUACUCAAGAAACCAAACCUGAUGCUGGCUCCCAGCUCAGUAAAGUGGAAACCAGGUCUAGUGGAAGAAUGGAACUUCCAGAGGACCUUUUCACAUCAAGCUACUUAUCUGGCCCUGCAUCACUUGCAGGUUGGCAGAAUGUUCAACCUUAUGGCAUGGGAUAUGGCAUGCAGUAUUAUCAAAAUGCAGCGCCUCCCUCAGCCCUUCCAAAUGCACCGAAGUACUCAAACCCCUUUGAUGUAACUGAUGGGAGAAGUUUAAUGCAUGUCUCAUCGCUUCCUACUAUGGAAUCUUCGCACGGUGUACCUCCUCCGGCUGUAUCACCCAGAACAGGAUUAAUGCAUGCUUCAUCAAGCCUUGGGUCUUUAGGGACAAUGGUAUCUCAGUCCCCAUGUUAUGCAUCUCCAGUUCCCCUGGCUGAGUACCAAGUUAAUAAUAAGGAGCAACCCACAAGACCACGAAGAGCUGGCAGCCUCCACAGUGAGUUAUCUGCUUUUGGAUCUCUAGACCCCAUUCAGCAGUAUAAUAGGGAACUCAUGACCUCCAAAACUGCAAAUUCUUUUUCCAAUACAAGAGGAAACCCAUUUGACUAGUUUAAACAAUUUGCAAACUUUUGCAAUCUUAUGCUUAUGUCGACGGUGAAAAUUGGAAAAUGGCUAAGAUCCUGUCAUUCCUGUGCCUAUUGAGUUAGUUUCCUUUGUAAAUUGUAAUGUAAAUAUAAAGCAUAUAUAUUCCCUAGUGCAUGCAGAAAACCUUACUCACAGAUGAAUAUCACAGUGCUGCUAACUAACUGAUUUAAUCAUACAAUGCAGACCUACAUGGUCGUUAACUGUAUUUAUUGGAAUUACAUGUAAAGUUUUACAAUUCUUGUAUAUAACAAUACAAGCCAAGUAUUUUCUUUGCUCAUCAUAGGUAAUUAAG